AUGUGCAUCAUUCAAAAGUCAUCUCACACCAAUCCUGUAGAUAGGUUGAUUCAAACCUCUGCUACAAAGACUCGGAUACGAUUAACCCCUCCACAAUUGCUCAAUGCUUUGGACACAGGUUCGCAGCACUGCUUGAACAUACGUGAACAUCAAACCUGCCCUCUUACCGUCCUGGUUAUUGCAUAUCAGGGGAAGGAGAGCAAUGAGGCACACGAGACUUUUAAUGAAAAAAUAAUGGCCGAGAUUUUUGAUCCCCUUCGCAGACAGAGAAAGUCUGCAUUCCAUUUCUCAGCUCGGCAUAUUACCGGCAAUCAUUUAGGAACCAGAUCUGGCUUGCAUCGGUUUUCAAAGUGCAGAACAUCGUGUCGCGAUGAUGAGUUAUUUGACCUUGGUUGA